AGAAACCUUUACGCAACACGCGCGGAGGGUGCGAUGCGAUCGCCGGCCGAGCGCUGGUAGUGCCUUACUUGGCCGCAGGCUGUCGCGGGGAGCAGGCGCGUGACGUGGAUUCUCUCGUUCCCCAGGCAUUCGCCGACAAUGGCUGCUACCGCUGACCUCGUGAAAGUCAACAGCCCGAAUGUCACGUAUUCAGACGAAUACAUCGAGGCCAUAUACGACUACCAGACCACUCGCGUUGAAGAGGUCAAUGGCACGUACUUGAGUAUUCUUGCAAAAUUUGGAAUUAGUCGCUCCAGUGGCUCUGAAGUUGCCACAUUAGAUAUUGGGCUGAUAUCUAGUUUGACGCAAGACAUAGAUAGCGUCCAGGCGACGCCCGUGACGAACCGCCUGCAGAUCCGCACGGCGCGCCGCGUGCCGCGCCUGGGGCUCAUGCUGGUGGGGUGGGGCGGCAACAACGGCUCCACGCUCACCGCCGCCCUCCUCGCCAACAAGCUGCAGCUCUCCUGGGCCACGCGCGCCGGCAUGCAGUGCGCCAACUGGUACGGGUCCAUCACGCAGGCGUCGACGGUGCGCCUGGGGACGGACGCCGAGGGUCGCGACGUGCACGUGCCGCUGGGCAGCCUGCUGCCCCUCGUGCAGCCCGAGGAUGUGGCUUUGGACGGGUGGGACAUCUCGGGCGCCAACCUGGCGCAAGCGGCCGAGCGCGCCCGUGUCCUCGAGCCGGACCUCCUGCGCCAGCUUCGCCCCCACCUGCAGGCCUUGCAGCCUCGCCCUUCGGCCUUCUGCCCGGACUUCGUCGCCGCCAACCAGCGCGCAGACAACGUUCUGUCGGGGUCGAAGCAAGAGCAGCUAGAGCAGCUGCGCGCGGACAUCCGCGCCUUCCGGGCGCGCAGCGGGGUGCAGCGCGUGGUGGUGCUGUGGACGGCCAACACAGAGCGCUUCUGCGAGGUGCUGCCCGGGCUCAACGACUCGGCCGACGCGUUGCUGGCCGCCGUGCGCGCCGGCGCGCCCGAGCUCUCGCCCUCCACGCUCUUCGCCGUCGCGGCCAUCCUCGAGGGGUGCAUUUAUAUAAAUGGGUCGCCGCAAAACACUUUCGUGCCCGGCUGCAUCGAGCUGGCGGAGCGUCAUAGAACUUUCAUCGCUGGAGACGACUUCAAAUCCGGUCAGACGAAGCUCAAGUCUGUCCUCGUAGAUUUUCUGGUGUCUGCCGGCAUCAAGCCAGUGUCCAUAGUCAGUUACAACCAUCUCGGUAACAAUGACGGAAAGAAUUUGUCUGCCCCAAAGCAGUUCCGCUCCAAAGAGAUUUCGAAGAGCAAUGUAGUCGAUGAUAUGGUGGCUUCUAACCCCUUACUCUAUGCUCCUGGAGAAAAACCUGACCACUGUGUGGUCAUAAAAUAUGUACCGUAUGUGGGUGAUAGCAAACGAGCCAUGGACGAGUACACUUCCGAGAUCCUCAUGGGGGGUCACAAUACGCUCGUGAUUCACAACACGUGCGAGGACUCCCUUCUGGCGGCGCCCAUAAUCUUGGACCUGGCGCUGCUGGCAGAGCUGUGCUCGCGCAUGGAGUUCCGGCCAGUCGACCAGCCGGACGCGGAAUACACUGGCUUCCACUGCGUCUUGUCCCUGCUCUCCUACUUGUGCAAGGUUAGUGGGGACUAG